GCCGUCCUACCCGACCAGUGUGUAUUAAAAGCGCGUCCGGGACACCGUCGCGCCCAAACUGCGUGGGAAACGAGCGACAUCGUGCGCUGUUUUUUUUCUCGUUCGUCGUUUUUUCUUUUUUUUUCCACUCUUUCGAUUUCCGGUAGACGACUCGGCUGUCCCACGUCUAGUAUACGUAAUUUUUUUGAGCAUCCGUCGGCGCAAUCAGCCGUGCCGGAGUGCAUCCCGAGGAUGCCAAAGAGUGCGAGUGCGAAAAUGUAAUCCGCCGACCGGAGAAUCGCGCGUAAUGCGCCGAAUAUAAUAGACUCUCGAGGCGAGCGGCGCCUUCUGUCGGAGGAGCGGCUUAGGCCACUCCUGCCUCGGCCUUCGCAGCUCUCGGCGCACGCGAGAUGCGACCUUUCCCGAUUAUUAAUCGAAACUCGGCCCGGCCAAGGCCGCGUCGAUGGAUUUUCCUAUCUCCCGCCGUCAUUCCUGUAUUUUCUCCCUCUCUCUCUUCUCUCUCUCUCUCUCUCUCUCUCUCUCUCUCUCUCUCUCUCUCUCUCUCUCUCUCUCUCUCCUUCUUCUGCUCAGCAAGCGACCACUCGGCUUUUCUCUAUAAUUGCGCAAUUGGCGCAGGCAGCGGAGCCGCCAUUGCCCUCCCUCUGCUCCCAUGCGGGCGAGUCGCGUAGUCCAUCAAUCUCCAUUAGAGCGGAAUUGUCCGUCGGCGUGCGCGCCGCUGCGGACCGUGCGUCGCGUCCGAGCUGUCCGCGUCUGGCGGCGGUUGUCGACGGCCCGUCGCUGCGCCCACGCCCAGGUGUGCGCAGGAAAGGAGGCGGCGGCGGCGGCGGCGGCGACAAGGCCAUGUACAACUUGAACAUGAACGUGAACGCGAACCCGGCGGCGGCCCAAGCGUCGGCGGGCCUGCUGAGCGUGGCCACGGAGGUGACGCCCAGGACCCCGGAGAUCGUCAACAGCCUGAUCGCCAUGACGAAUCCGUUCGACGGCUUCAACGGCGCCGGCACGGCGCCCGCCCUGCCGCAGUCGGCGCGCGGCUCGGCCGGCGAGCGCCCGCGCAACAGGAGCGAGUCCAGCAGCGGCGGCGAGCCUAGUCCACCCAGCAUCCAGCACACCUGCAGCCAACUCAUCAAAGAAGGACUGAAGCUGACGCUGCAGACGAAGCGGCGGGCGAACGGCAGUCUUGACGACGCGAAGAAAAAGACACGGAAGGAGGACGGCAGCGCUGAUGACGAGGAGGACGAUGAGUCCGCCAACAGCAUAGGCAGUCAAGGGCAGCUGACGCCCGAAGACGAGGAGCGCAGACGGCGGCGACGCGAGCGCAACAAAAUCGCGGCGACCAAGUGCCGGCUGAAGAAGCGCGAGAAGACGGUAAAUCUGGUGCACGAGAGCGAGAGCCUGGAGACGCAGAACCACGUGCUCAAGUCGCAGAUACAGGAGCUGGAGACCCAGAGGCGACGACUUGUCGACAUGCUCAAUUUGCACGGGCCCACGUGCAUCAAGCAAACGACGCCGACGGACACGCCGUACCAGCAGUUCGCCGAGGCCAUCCCGUCGUUGCCGAGCUACCAAGAGAACUUCGUGCCCGCGCUGCCCAACCAAACCGCUGACUGCGCCUAUGGACCCGUCAAACUCGAGAGCUACGACCCCGUGCAACAGCUGCCACCGUCGCAGGACCACUUCUUCCGGCAGCAGGCGACGCCCUACACGAACGCCGUCACCGCGACCACGACCAGCAGCGACUGCGCCGUCUAACCGUCGACCGGCGCUCU